AUGGUCGGGUCCUCGCCCGCCCUCACAUUCGAGCUCGUCGCUCGCUGUUCAACGACGAGAGCUCGCGCAUCCAUCCUGACGCUUCCCCAUGGUCCGGUCCAGCUUCCCAUCUUCAUGCCAGUCGCAACUCAGGCUUCCCUCAAAGGCUUGACUCCCGAACAGCUCGAAGAGACCAGCUGUCGCCUAUGCCUGAACAACACCUACCACCUCGGCCUGAAGCCCGGCCAAGAGGUCCUCGAUGCCGUCGGCGGAGCCCACAAGCUUCAGGGGUGGAAGCACAAUAUCUUGACUGAUAGUGGAGGCUUCCAGAUGGUCAGUCUCCUUAAGCUGGCCCGCAUCACCGAAGAGGGCGUGCGCUUCCUCAGCCCGCAUGACGGUUCCCCGAUGCUCCUGACGCCGGAGCACUCCAUGUCCCUACAAAACUCGAUAGGCAGCGACAUUAUGAUGCAGCUGGACGACGUCCUGGUCACCACAUCUCCCGACGCCGCCCGCAUGCGCGAGGCCAUGGAGCGCAGCGUCCGCUGGCUCGACCGCUGUAUCGCCGCCCACAAGAACCCCACCACCCAGAACCUGUUCUGCAUCAUCCAGGGCGGUCUCGACCUCGACAUGCGCCGCGAGUGCACCCGCGAGAUGCUCGCCCGCGACACGCCCGGUAUCGCCAUCGGCGGGCUGAGUGGUGGCGAGGCCAAGGCCGACUACUGCCGCGUCGUCCAGACGUGUACGGAGCUGCUGCCCAAUCUGAAGCCGCGGUACGUCAUGGGAAUUGGCUACCCGGAAGACUUGGUCGUCAGUGUUGCGUUGGGGGCGGACAUGUUCGACUGCGUGUGGCCAACGCGGACAGCGCGGUUUGGUAAUGCGAUUACCAAGGCCGGCGUCUUGAACAUCCGUAACUGGAGGUACGAGCACGACUACGGCCCUAUUGAGGAGGGUUGUGGCUGCAUAUGCUGUAGAAAGGGUGAGGGCGGCUUGAACGUCACUCGGGCAUUCAUCAACCACAACGCCGGUAAGGAGACGGUAGCUGCUCAUUUGCUGAGUAUACACAACGUGUGGUAUCAGUUGAACCUGAUGAGAGAGAUCAGGCAGUCCAUCAUUGAGGACAGGUUUCCCAACUACAUCAGGGAGUUCUUUGGUGGGCUGUAUGAUGAUAAGUCAAAGUACCCCGAGUGGGCUGUAGAUGCCUUGAAAGGGGUUGGUGUAGAUCUAACAAAAGAGUAA